AACCACAGACUGUUAACAAACAGGCCGCCAGUUUCAACAUGCAAGAUUGUCAGAGAGCGUCAGCACACAUUUCUCGUACUUAUUAUUAUUAUUAUUAUUAAUAUAAUAGAAAAGCUCAGCAUUUAAACUAAAGUUUGUAUCAGAGUGUAUCAUUUCUGUGUACAUCAACUCAUUCAACUUGUUCAAGUGAAACAGACCAAAUGAAUAGGGGUGGAUCAGGGCUACAAGAGAGGAACAGGAAGAGAUAGAACAAGCAGACUUGUGAGACAGUGAAGUUGUCGAGGCAUCGUGUCAGCUUUUAGCUCUUUUCAGAUUCGUUUGUGCGAAGCACUCGUAUAGUUUGGCUGAGCUAUGUGGGAGUUAAUGCAUGUUCGUACACGGAGGUGAGAUGCAUGUGGGCUAUACUUGACAUUCCGCUCUGAGGACCUCAUUUUAACUCUUCUAAGGUUGAGAAGGCUUCUUCAAUGGAGAGCUGUGUAGAAGUUAUGUCGGACUGCCCCGAGGUCAAAGUUGAAACCUCAGCGGACGACAAGCAUUUGGAGCCCCUUCUCAUUCUCGAGGAGGGGGACGAACCUUCGGAUGUGAUAAACAGCGGAGAGAGAGGAAGGGCCGUGCUGAGAGUUUGGACGGCUGAUGAAAACACAGAAGAUGAAGCCGCAGAGGGAAGCUCACAUGAUCACAACAAUGUCCGAGUAGAUGAAAGUGAGAGUGAAGCGGUGGAAAUGAACCGGGAGACUCUAGAACGGCAGGUGGACGGUACAAAAACCCAUGAGGGAUUGUCAGACGGGACAGCUGAGGAAAAACCCACGGCUCAAGCAGAAGUGAAGCUGCGGCCCAAAGACACACUGAGCCCUCAUGAUGCAAAGCCUAUGGUUCACAGGUUAUCUCCAGAUUUCCCUGACGCUCUGUGUGAGCUGCUGUUCGCGUUACAGGAGGGCCGGCGGCUCAACGACCAGCGCUGCUCGUUCCGUCUGGAGCACCGCAGGAGAUGCUACUCUGAGCCCAGCACGCCCCGCCACAGUCAGAGAGUGGUGUUCUCCUCCAUGACGUCGCUGCAGAAGGAGGAAUUCUUCGACCUGUUGGCGACCUCACAGGCCCGUCGACUGGAUGACCAGCGCGCAGAACUCCAGGACGCUCCCCCCGCCCCCCACCCCCCCUGACCAAAGCCAAACAGAGGAAGAGCAGCUGUAAGGUCACAGAGGUCACCCGAGCGGUUCCCACACCAGCACCCAAAGAGGACUUAUACAACAUGAUCGUCAACUCACAAGCCCAGGGCCGGCUGGAGGAGCAGCGCAGUGCGGCUCCAGGACCGAUGGACGAUGAGGAUUUCUUCUCUUUGUUGCUGAAGGUUCAGGGCGGGAGAAUGGAUGAACAGAGAACGGAGCUCAAACCUGUUCAUUAAUCGAAUCAAACGAGAGGUUCCUGCUUUACUGGGCCUGUCACGGUGUGAGUUUAUGAUGCCAGACCCUUUCCUGUCCACACAUGAAUAAAUACAAAAUCAGACUACCGAUAUAAGAACACUUGCACUACUUCUCAACAUUGCUACAUGUGUUGCGCUUCACAGCUCUACAGCGAUAAUGAAUGGGAGAGAAACAGAAAAAAUCUGCUUUAAAUAUUCAGGGUAAUUUGAAGGAUCUUUGCCUCUUUCUGUUAUGUAUAUGCUAAAUAAAUGUUUGAAUGUUAA